AUUUCAUAGAAAAUGAAACUGAGCUCUGAGUGACGCACACGCUCUCACUUUCUCUCUCUCAGACUCCCUCUCUCUCUCUCUCUGUGUGAGUUCAGGAAAAUGGCCAAUAUUUCAGUAGAUCAGCUUUCAGUGGAUCAGUUCAGCUGUCCAGUGUGCCUGGAUCUCCUGAAGGAUCCAGUGGCUAUCCCCUGUGGUCACAGUUACUGUAAGGUGUGUAUUAAUGGCUGCUGGGAUCAGGAGGAUCAGAAGGGUGUCUACAGCUGUCCUCAGUGCAGAGACACUUUCACUCCAAGGCCUGUUCUACGCAGAAACAACAUGCUGGCUGAAGUGGUGGAGAAACUGAAGAAGACUGGAGUCCAAGCUGCUUCUCCUGCUCACUGUUACACUGGACCUGGAGAUGUGGAGUGUGAUUUCUGCACCGGGAGAAAACACAAAGCUGUCAAGUCCUGUCUGAUGUGUCUGGCUUCUUACUGUGUCAUUCACCUGAAACCUCAUCUUGAACGUCCUGCUUUGAAAUUACACACAUUAACUGUAGCGUCUGGAAAUCUACAAGAGAAGAUCUGCUCUGAACAUGAUGAAGUGUUGAAGAUCUACUGUCGUACUGAUCAAAGAUGUAUUUGCUCUUUGUGCAUGUUGGAUAAACAUAAAGGCCAUGACGCUGUAUCAGUUGCAGGAGGAAGAGCUGAGAAACAGAGUGAGUUAAAGGAGCAGCAGAUGAAAUUCCAGCAGAGAAUCCAGGAGAAGCAGAAGAAGGUGCAGGAGCUGAAACAGACUGUGAACACUAUAAAGCUCAGUGCACAGACAGCUGUGGAGGACAAUGAGAUAAUCUUUACUGAGAUGAUCAGCUCCAUGGAGAAAAAGCGCUCGGAGGUGACGGAGCUGAUCAGAGCUCAGGAGAAGGCUGAACUGAGUCGAGCUGAACGACUCCUGGAGCAACUGGAGCAGGAGAUUGCUGAUCUUCAGAGGAGAGUCACUGAGCUGGAGCAGCUUUCACACACACACGAUCACAUCCAUUUCCUCCAGGCUUUAGCUUCUGGACGUCAGUCUCCUCCAUUACGAAGACCAAAUUUUGACACGUCCAGCAUCACUGUCCCUCAACAUCUGUCAUUUGAUGGAGUGAGGAAUUCUCUCUCAGAUCUGAAGAAGAGACUGGAGGAAUUCUGUGAGGAGGAACUCAACAAAAUCCCUCCACAUGCUGCAGCAAUUCAGAUCAUUUCACCACUAGAGACACAGAGCAGAGGAGGGUUUCUGAAAUAUUUCUAUUAUCUGACUCUGGAUCCCAACACGACACAUCGUAACCUCAUUCUGUCUGUGAAGAACAGAGUGGUGAACAGCAGUGAGAGAAAGCAGAAGUACUCUGAUCAUCCAGAGAGAUUUGACACCUGGGAACAGGUGUUGUGUAAGGAGAGUGUGUGUGGACGCUGUUACUGGGAGGUGGAGUGGAGCGGUGAGUUUGGUGUGCUCAUAUCAGUCUCAUAUAAAGACAUCAGCAGGAAAGGACCGGCUAAUGAGAGUUGGUUUGGACGCAACAAUCAGUCCUGGAGUUUGUCGUGUUCUUCUUCUUUUUCUCUCUCUUUCUGGCACAACAACAUUCAGACUGAUCUCAGAGGUCCAUCACCCUCCAGAAUAGGAGUUUAUGUGGAUCACAGUGUAGGAACUCUGUCCUUCUACAGCAUCUCUGACACCAUGAAGCUCCUCCACAGAGUCCACACCACAUUCACUCAGCCUCUGUACGCUGGAUUUGGGUUUAGGUCUGGCUUCUGGGUUGAUUAUCGAUCAGAAGUGAAGUUGUGUGAUCCAGAAUAAGAUGUAUCUGUUGAAUCAAUGAAUCAAUGAAAUGAUUCUGAUUAACUCCAAAUAAAGAAGCUUCUGGGGGAUUUUCUUCAAAUCUUCUUGUCUUCAUCUGAUCGAUGAAGUAAAAAAACAGAAGCAGCUUUGAUUUACUGAUAUAUUUAACUUUAUAAACUCCUGACACAAAUAUGAUAUGAGAGAGAGAGAGGAAACAGCACACGGUUCAAACUGUGAAGGGAUUUCAGUCAGAAGUUUUGGAGAUCUGCAGGAUACACAAAAUUAUUCCUGAAAAGAUGAUACACCAGAAGCUGACCACAUGGUUUAAAAUGUUAAAACUUUACUCCUGAUUGUGAAACAGAAAUGUUUUCAGGUCAGAAUGUUAAUGUGGGAAGGGAUUUUGAGUUUAGUUUGGAGUGUUUAUAUCAGACAGUCUGUUUAUAUACAGUCUGUAAAUCUUACCUUUCAGACGUCCUUCUCAUCUCGGGACAGUUUGAUAUUUUCUUAUCAAGUUGUAUUUAUUAGCGUUAAACAGCGGAAUCUGAUCCUUCAUCAGCACUCUCUGUAACAGACAUCACGGACAUUUCCUCCUCACACCACCAGAGGGCACUGUUGCUCAAUUAUUUUAAAACAUCUUUUGUGUUUAUUUGUUAAGGUUUUCAAUGUGUUGUGUUAUAUUCUAUUUUCACAGAGAGCAGGAUUUUGUUUUUAAGGUUCAAGGUUCUUUAUUUGUCAACACCACCAUAUGUGCAGACCUACAGAGGAAUGGAAAUACUGUUUCUCUUCUCUCUCAUCAAGUGUUUACAUUAUUGUGGCGUGGCAAUGUAGCUUACAGCAGGUUAUGAUCACUGAACUGCUGGAUGUCCAGGUGGUGCUCUGAAAACAGUGUGGGCUUCAUAGACAAUUGGAGCUCUUUUGAGGGCAAGGCUGGCCUGUUAGGACAGGACGGUGUCCAUCCCACUCUGGAAGGUGCUGCUCUCAUUUCUUGCAGCAUAGCACAUAGUUUUAGAGCAGAUCUAGUUAAUCAGUGACAAUCCAGGGCCAGGGCCAGGGCCAGGGAGCAGACAAGCAGGUUAAUCCGACUGUCUGCUAGCUGCAAUAAGUCAUCAUUCAGGGUUCAUAACAUUGAGACUGUGUCUAUUCCCCGAACCAAACAAAAAUGUUUUAACAGAAAUCAGAAAAAAUUUUUUAGUAACCUGAUUAACAUAAAACUAGAUGAUAGUGAAUGCACAGCCUGCACCUUUGAUCUGAAGCUAGGACUGUUAAAUAUAAGAUCUCUGUCAACUAAAGCACUUAUUAUUAAUGAACUGAUUACUGAUCAGGAGUUCAGUGUUCUGUGUUUAACAGAGACAUGGAUUAAACAAAACGAGUAUGUAGCAUUAAAUGAAGCUUGCUGCUAUAUACACCAACCGUGUCUAACAGGCAGGGGGGGAGGUGUCGCAGUUAUUCAUGAUAAUAAGCUAAGCUCCACACAAAAACCCAGACAUCAAUUCAACACAUUUGAAGUUCUUUAUACUAACCUAAUGUAUGCAGCUACAAAUAAUAAGUUCACAGUCAAUUCCACUGAUUGUUAUUUACAGACCCCCAGGGCCAUGCUCUGAAUUCCUCAGUGAAUUUGGAGAUUUUACUUCAAACCUUGUUGUUUCUUUAGACAAAGCAUUAAUAGUAGGAGACUUCAACAUUCAUUUUGAUGAGCCAGAAGAUCCUCUGAGAACAGCAGUUGUGUCCAUCUUAGAUUCAUUAAGGUCAAUCAAAAUGUAAUAGGACCCACUCAUAAUGGAGGUCACACUCUGGAUCUCAUUUUUACAUUCGGAUUAAAUAUAGAAAACAUAGUCACUCUUCCACAGUCGGAAGCUAUCUCAGAUCAUUAUCUAGUUUCAUUUAGAAUGAGUCUUAGACACGAGAUGCGCAAUGUGCCACGUUACCGUAUCGAGUGCACAUUUACAUCUGCUACUGCAGAGAGAUUUACCAAUAGCUACCAAAAUUAUCACACAUAAUUGGUUCGCCAUCUGACCCCACAGAACUUGAUCAGGCAACUGUUUAACUUGAUCAGGCGACUGAUUACCAAAAAUUCUCUUAGAGCUGCUAGAUCAGCGUAUCUCUCUGCCCUAAUUGAAAAUAACAAAACAAUCCUAAAUUUUUACUUAGUACUGUAGCAAAACUAACUAGGAGAAAACCCACUGUAGAAAAGCGCACACCAUCUAUAUUUAGCAGCAAUGACUUCAUGAAUUAUUUCAAUGAAAAAAUUGUCUAUCAGGCAAAAAAUUCAGACAAUUAAUUUAAAACCAAAUUAUUUGAUAGAUAAUUCUUUAGAUUAUAUAACUUUUCUGAUAAGAGCUUAGAGUGCUUCACUCCACUUCAAGAGCCUGAUCUAAUUUCACUAAUUUCCUCUUCAAAACCUGCAUUCUAGAUCCUUUACUCACGUCUUUCCUUAAACAGAUAUUACCAGUAGCUACUGAACCCCUUGUAAAAAUCAUAAAUUCUUCCCUUAGAACUGGCUAUGUGCCUAAAUCUUUUAAGCUAGCAGUAAAAAAAACGCACCUCGACCCCUGUCAGGUGUCUAACUAUAGACCAUAUCAAAUCUCCCUAUAUAUGCUACCCCUUGGUGCAAUUAGUCGUAAACAUGGUAUUAGCUUCCACUGUUAUGCCUAUGACACACAGCUAUAUGUUUCAGCCAAGUCAGAUGAGAGACACCAGCUUAUUAGAUUAGAAGAAUGUUUAAAGGACAUUAGACACAUGCAGCUAGAAGUAAGCUUUCUGAUUAAAAAGUAACUGUGUAUGGUCUUUCUGUUUCAUCUUAUCCAGAAGUAAAAGAUCUUGGUGUGAUAAUUGACUCUGGUCUUUCGUUUGAAGCUCAUGUUGAUAAUAUCACUAGGGUAGCCUUCUUCCAUCUCAGAAAUAUUGCCAAGAUAAGAAAUAUGAUGUCACUUCAUGAUGCAGAAAAACUAGUUCAUGCUUUUGUUAGCUCUAGGUUGGAUUAUUGUAAUGCCUUACUGUCUGGCUGUUCCACUAGGAGCAUAAACAAGCACCAGUUAGUCCAUUAUGCAGCAGCUAGAGUCCUAACUAGAACCAGAAGAUAUUAACACAUCACUCCUACUUUAGCCACACUACAUUGGCUCCCAGUCAAAUUUUGGAUUGAUUAUAAAAUUCUGUUAAUGACCUAUAAAGCAUUAAUGGUCUCACGCCGCAGUACUUGAGCGAUCUUUUAGUCUUUAAUGAUCUGCCAUGCCUACUCCAAUCAAAGGGUACAAGUUAUUUCGUAGUUCCUCAAAGGCUACAGCAGGGGGCAGAGCUUUUUCUUUCAAAUCCUCAAAGUUAUGGAACAGCCUUCCAAUUAGUGUUCGGGAUUCAGACACAGUCUCAAUGUUUAAGUCUAGGCUGAAGACACAUUUGUUUAGUCAAGCCUUUAAUUUGUAGUUUUCUUAGGCAAAGGAGCAGAUCUGGAAGACUCAUGGGCAUAGAGAGUUUGGUAUACUGGGAUGUUUGGAUGCUCUCGCCUUACCACCCUCGCAAGUUGCUCAGGUUUGGGUUUUUCUCAUUGUCACAGAUCUGUCAGCUUGUGACAGCAAGGUAUUAGUGCCUAUAAUGAACUACACAGACUUAAUAGUUCCCCAUAAGCCCUUAGUUGCUGUUGUAGAAAGGGCAUUAUUUAGUUACAUUUACAUUAUUUGCUAUUCAGUGUCACCCACGGGUCAAUGCCUGGUUCCUCUCAAGGUUUCUUCCUUUCAUCAUCACAGCGAGUUUUUCCCUAUGACUUGCAGGCUUGUUCAUUAGGUGUAAAAUAGGGAUAAAAUAGUAACUUUAAUUUAAACUUUUAAAGUUUUACUAAAACUAUUUAAACUUACAUUAAACUAUUUAAAUUUCAACUUUAUAUAUAUUUUGUGACGGCGCCGCGCACACCGCCGCAAGCAUGCAGGAGAGAGUCGCUCCUUGCCCGCUCCAUCUCCCAGAAAAACACAAGCAGCAGAGGGUCAGCACCCUGGAUAGCAGCGGCGCCGCCAUAGAGUGGAAACGGAAUCAGCACCAUGGCUAGCGCUGCUAAAUUAGAGUACAGGGCGGAGUGGGAGAGAGCAUGCCAAAACCCCCUGGCCAAAUCAGAAGUGCCGCUAAGCUCUUCACCCUCCAGAGCUACCUGUCUCUGUGUGUUGUUCUCUGUCCUCACUCAGCACUCUACAGUAUAUGUAUAUAUAUAUUUCUCCCUUCUGUUUCUCUACUUUUGUAAAGCUGCUUUCAGACAAUGUCCAUUGUAGAAGGCGUUAUGCAAAUGAAUUGAAUUGAAAAAUCUGACAUUUUUUGCCAUAAUUUUUACUUUUGAGGAGAUGAACAGUGAUGAUUUACUGAGAUGAACAGGGAUUAUUUAUAAAAAAGAAAGCUGAAAUAUUCAGUGUCAUCUACAGGUAAACAAAAGAAGUCAGCAGAAAUGGUCGAUGUGUUCACUGGUGGUUUGGUGAGUUUACUAUGAAAAUGGUUAUCUAAAGUACAGAAGAAGAAACUGUCAGCAAGUGUCAGCACAUGUUCAUCAAUACAGAACAGAAAGAGUUUCUAGGACAAAACAAAGUAUAUCACAGUCAUGAGAUGAGGUCAUAAACAAAUAGUAUCACAUUCAGCUGAAGACCAGAGCAUGCCAAGAUAUGUUCAGAAUAUAUGCUUAUAGUUGUAGUCGAGUACUUUUUUAGCCAAAUAUUUGCACUUCACUUGAGUAUUGUCCUAAUGUGAUAUUAGAAUUAUUACUCGUACUACUACUGUUACUACUACAAGUACAUAGUAGUAAUAAUAAUAACCUUGACAGUAUUUACAGUAUUACAAUAUUUUCAUGUAUUUUUUUUAGGCCUACCACCUAAAAUCACCAUAAUUUCAACAAGGAUGUGUAGGAAAACAUAUUUUGAGGUCACUCUAGAAUCUGCUGUAACAUACAUUGUUCUUUUGAAUAAUCAUUUUCAUAUCCCAGCUCUCAUCACCAAAUGGUGAUCACAUCAGGAACUGUGAACUAACUGACAGCUGGGGGGCCCACUCUGGGGAUCUCACUCCCAUCCAAUGCUUUGUUUAAGAGUAUCACCUCUAGGCUUUUGUAUUGUCACACCUUCAAGGCCUGCCUACUCAAGGCCUUUAAAACUGCAAUGUAUGUUCCUUUUCACUGGACUCAAUGACUGCAGUACCUCCAAAGCAUGUUUAUCUCCAAUAAAACAUUC